AUGGAGGUCACGAGUAUUAGCGCCAUUUACGCUCAACUUUCCCUAAUUGUCCAGAAAACGGAAACGUUUUUCUCGAACGAAUUUUCCUACGAGGCACCUCACAACGUGUCACACAUAGGAGACGUUUCAGAUAUGUCUAAAUCGAGAGCGGUCGUUAUCGUAAGUGUUGCUGCCGCGGCGAUCUUCUGGUUUUUCGGAUAUGUCGACAAUAUCGCUUCAACAGCCCAUAGUGACUACAUGACUGCUGAAAGCUCUACAAAUUCCAACAUCGAGGAGAAAACGGAAAAACCGACUGCAACGAAGAAUCCUCUCGAUGGUUGUAUACUUCCGAACUUUGAUCCAUGGGAUGAAGAGAUAAUACCAUAUGUCAACCAAGACUACAACCCUCUGAGGAAGUGCAACCACAGCUUCAAACCGAUGACAAGUCUUCGAAAUGGGAUUGUUACAGUACGUGCGAAGAAUGUUUCUUGUUGGGGAAGGUGCUUAACCCGACACUCUGAUACGCGGAACAAGCGUGGCCGAUGGGUUAAUGUAGAUGAUGCUGACUUCAGAUGCGACAUUGUGGAGACAGUUUGCAAGAAUGACCAAGGCAAAGGCGUCUAUCAAAUGGUACAUGCACAAAUAAUAGAGAAGGAUGAUUCAAAACCGUACAGGAACAUAGGUAGGAACGAUAAACAUGAUGUCUACGUCAUACUGCUCGACUCCAUAGCAUCCACCCAAGGAACGAGGAAUUUACCACAAACACUGCAUUUCUUUGAGAAAUCUAUGCAGGCUGUUUCAUUCCCACACAUCAACAAAGUAGGACUAAAUAGUCGACCUAACGGUGUAGCAUUGUGGUUCGGCAAAAGAAUGGAAAAGGUGAGCCGGAAAAUUUUCAACCUUCCCGAUCUGGAGCCAGAUUGGACGUACGACUAUUUUUGUAAGAGAUACGUGGACAACGAAACAUUUUUGCUGAAAGAGUUCUCAGAGCAAGGAUAUAAGACAUUGCUCGCCGAGGACUGGAUGAUGGGAACUCUUAACUGGCCAAAAUGCAAAGGAUUCGAUAAACAGCCGACUGACCACUAUAUGAGGCCUUUCCAAAUUGCUCUGGAGCGAAACGUAGCACAGCUCUUAAAAGAUACGUAUGCCCCAUCAAACUGCAUUGAACAACACCAAGACGUUUUGCGCUAUCUACAGGACUUCAUAAAUUCUUAUAAUGGAAUUCCGAAGAUUGGGUGGAUUUGGCUAUCGCUACUUGGUCAUGAUCAUGAAAGCGGUGUGAUCCAUGCAGACUCUGACUUUCAACGCUUUCUUCUUCAGAACAAAAAGAAGCUCGAUGAGUCGUUCGUUAUCAUCCUUGGAGAUCAUGGCUUGCGUGGAGGUUUGGUCACCCACACGAAACUUGGAAGCGUGGAAAUGAGCAAUCCUCUGUUUUACAUGUCUGUCCCGAAAAAACUUCGGAAGACCACUGAUAUUUUAUCUAUUCUGCGGAAGAACGCUAAGAAAUUACAAACGCAUUACGACAUCCGCGCCACCUUGCUCGAUAUUUUGAAGUACCAACCCAAUUCGAGUUUCACAGACAGAAGUUUUAUGACGAUGAAAGGCGAAUAUGGUACAUCCUUUCUCAGGAAUCAGCCAGAAUUUGAGAGAACGUGCAAGAGCUUACCAAUUCCCAUCUCGUACUGCACGUGUCAAUAUCCAACGAAGGCAAUAAAAAGAUCAUCUCAAGUUGCAGAAGAAGCUGGAAAGUCCCUUAUGGGGUAUAUUAACUCAUAUAUCAAAAAGUUCGAUCCAUCAAAACAAUGUGAAGAGCUAAAAUUCAGAUAUAUAAUAUCAAUAUAUACUUAUACCCCUGAAGAAGUUACAAAGACCUACCAAAUCUCAGUGAAAGCUUUACCACCAUCUAAUGGAGAGUUCAAGGGAAUUGUUCGGCAAACAAGCAAAGGAUUCGAAAUGGUUUCACCAUCAGUAGAACGACUCAAUCGAUACGGAAAAAAAGGGGACUGUACUGUUGAUUGGCUCAAACACCUUUGCCACUGCAAGUCGUAA